AUGAUGGAUUGGCCGCCCCUCGAAGAGAUGCAGUCCAACGCCCACAAAUACCUCGGUUUAUCAGUUGAAGACUUGGUCCAGAAAGCGGCUCUAUCUCCUGACUCCCUGACCUACCCGGAGUGUCAUCUGAUGUAUGACUGUUUUCGCAUUCUACGUUAUGAUGGCCAUAGCGCUAAAAAGCAAGCGGAAGCUGCAAUCCUGACAUCGGAGGAACUUCAAGCCCUUCGGAACCUAGACAAAGUCUACUACGAGAAACAAAAGAAACAAUUUGGUGAGAAUCAGGCGAAGCUGGAAGCGGAGAGGCAGCAGAGACCGGAGCAUAUGCCAAAAGAGUGGGUGGAGAAGAUCAUCGACAAUAAAAGAUGGGGUUACGUUCUCUAUCGUCAUCGGGCUAUGGAUGGAUGGGAGGAUUUCAAGGCACUUCUUGAUGGGGUUCUCGCAAUGCCUUUGUUUGGUGUCACUGGCUUCCAAGAGAUCCAAGAUUCCAAAGUAGCCGAAUUUGUCGAAUUUAAGCCAAAGGACGAUGACGAAGAAGAAUUGGACUACCUGCGCCAGGAAUUUCGAAAUCGCCGGGAAGGAGGCGACCUAAGACCUGGAAUCCUUGGAAACGUCUUUCUCUUGUUAACAGAUGAGGCUCGAUUAGCAUGCGGUACCGCUGGUACAGAGCAGUUCUGGGGAUACAUCUGGGCAAUUGAUCCUGACUGGUCCUUGUCGGAAGCUGACGAGGAUGGUUACGAUGGGCGGCUCAGAAUCAAUAUCACCCAAGUCUUCUGGCGGUUCUAUGAGUUUAUGUCGACUGGUAACUUCACUCUCAAGGAUAUCUGGCGCGACUUUCAUGAUGUGAAUUUGACAAAGACAUAUAUAUGCGACAAAGAACCCAUUGCUUGGCAUUUCACAAAUCUCGAGAGGCCCAAGUGGCCUUACUGGUGA